AGAAAGAGAGAGAAAGAGAGGCUUGUAAAUGAUUUGUCAACUGAUUUUGUGAAGGGCGGAAGAAAAGCAUGUUACAGCCCUGAGCAAUUAAAGAUUGAUCAGUAAUUUGUCACUGUGAUUGUUAAUUAAAUCAAUGGUGUAUUUUAUCUAACGAUUUGAUUUUCUUUGGAUUAAAGUAACUAAUAUUUAUCAUUGUAUGCAAUCAACCAAGAAACCUAACCCAGGCAACCAGUAACCUAAACUCAUCAAAAAUUGUUGACAUCUUUUCUCUCUAUUCGCCUUUUUUUGUGAUUUCAAUUCAACUUCUUUGUUUUAAUUGACUCGACAUGUCCUCUGGCAAUUUUGGUACCGUUAAUCCACUUCAUUAUUCCAUCCCUUCAAGUCCUGAAAUGACGGAGAUCUCAAUAGAGGAGCAAAAUAAUGUAACUGAUGUUGUUGUUACCAGUAAGGAUAACAAUAUUUCUUCUCGUCCAGCAACAUUGCCUGUCUCAUCACCAUUUGGCCCUCCUGGAUUACCCUCAAUGACCUCAUCUUAUUCAUCUAAAAAUGGUGUUGACUGUGAAAACGAUGGAAGAGUUUCACCUAGCAGCUAUCCAGCCGGCUUAACACCUAAAAGUACUCCAAUAGAAGCUAUUAAGGAAUGGUCAAUAACAACGUUUAAGUGUACUAAGCAACUGGUUAACGAAAAAUUAGGAAAAUGUCAACGAACGAUUGAUUCUGGAUUGGAAAGUGAAAUUGAUAAAUUAAGAGAAACUCAGAGAAAAUAUUCUCAUAUUUUAAGGAUCGCCAGAGACAUGUCUUCAAUGUAUUCUUCCCUAGUCCAACAACAGAUAUUACUUUAUGAAUCACUGAGUGAUUUAUCAUUGAAAGAACCUAAAGGAGACUCAAAAAUAACAUCAUCAUCAUCAUCAUCCACAAGUGCUAGUGCAUCAAACGCAAGUGGCAAUGUAGGUACAGGAGCAGGAGGAGAAGAUGUCAAUAAUUCAUCACCCGUCUUGAACUUGUCAGCAGAUUUCCGACAAAAUGCAGAGAUGUUACGCUUGGUUGCCAAGAAUGGUGAAAAGCUAGUCUUGGCUCUUCGCUUUUUUUGUUCUAACCUUUCCACCCUAGUCAAUAAAACUAUUGAUGAUACCAUAGUUACCAUAAGGCAAUUUGAACAAGCGAGAUUAGAGUAUGACGCUGAACGAAAUAGUGUGGCAAACCUUUUGCCCGCUCAAGCUGCUGCUGCUAACACGGAAAAACUGAUUGCUGCUCGAGCAAAAUAUGAAAGAUUACGGCAAGAUGUGUUGAUUAAAUUAAAAUUCUUGGAUGAAAACAAGGCUAAAGUGAUGCAUAAACAAUUAAUAUUGUUCCAUAAUGCCUUUACGGCCUACGCCUCUGGUAAUGCUUCAACGUUGGAUUCCACUCUUCGUCAGUUCAGUAUUAAGGCAACUCCUCAGUCAUGGCUCGAGAAAUGAUCAUGACCAUCGAUUUAUAUAAAAGAUUACCAGAUUAAUUGUAAAAAUGAGGAAUGGACAGAUUUGCUCGUUUUCUGCAAGUUAAUUUAGACAUGAGAAAUUAUAAAGCUUACAGAUGAAACAAGAUUCACCGAGAAAAAAAUGAGCAAAGUAAAACUAUGAACACGCCUAGUGAGUUUGAUCUUUUUAAGGUUUAAUUACCAGAUAAUUAUCUUUAUAUGCUAGUGAAAUAAGUAUUGGAUGGACUGCGCAAACAAAAUGGUCCGGGCAAAUUUCGGAAUACAUAAUUCAAUUGUACUUACCACUCUUCCAAAUUGAGACAGUAAAUUAUUAAAUUUAAAAUUGGAUAACGAAAAUCUCGGAGAAAAUGUUAAAUAAUAGUUUUUUGCUCGCUUUUACCAUUGAUGAGAACAGAAAUCUUUUAUGGAUAGACAUUUUAGUUUAUUUCCUCAUUUGUAAUCAAAUCAAUUAUGUCAUCAACCUUUUACUUCUCGUUCCAAUGCUGAUCAAAAACUCAACAAUUAAGAUAUGCUUUUAUGUAAACAAAGACUGAUUUGUUUAAAUGUUUAUAAUUGAUACAGAAAAAAACGAACCAUGAUAACCCUUUAAUUAUUUACCAAAAUAUAUUAAUACAAAAAAUAAAACUUUCAUUCCAAUUAUA